UCAUAGGCAGUCGACAGUCUCAAACGAUCGACGAAAUAUAACGUAACAUAAUGGCUAACAAAAAGAAGAAGAGCAGUGCUUUGGAUGUGAAGGAAUCAUUGGAGGCGGCAAAAUUUAUCGUUGAAAAUGCGAAAGAUGUAACGAUCAACAAGGAGAAUAUCAAACAUUUUAGAACGGCGCUAAAGAUAUUUUGUAAUGAGAAUAGAGAGAAUAGAGAGAACAGUGAAAUAUUCUUAAAUGCUUUCUUCCGACCGGAAGAUUAUCCGGAUUUCACUGAAAAAACGGUGGAUUGGCUGUUCGUGUUUCAUACAUUGAAUUUUUCACUCUUCUAUCCAAAAGGCACUAAGCAAUGGCAAGCUGGUGAUUCAGAUGGAUAUAAUGCAUUAAGUUUUGCUAUCAAACGAGCUAUAGAUGAAAAAAAACCUUUAUGGGAUCCCAAAUAUUACUCAAAACUAACAGAAAGUGAGUUGAAACAUAUUUUCCGCAGUGACGAUGGCGAAACUACCAUCCCACUUCUAAACAAAAGACGUAUGAUUUUACAUGAGGUUGGAAACGUUUUACUAAAAAAAUAUAAAGGCACUUUUAAAAAUUGUGUCAAAAAAGCGAAGUAUAAUCAAGACAAAUUGGUGAAAUUACUUUUCGAUGAAUUCGAACCAUAUCGAGACGAAGCAAAAUACAAAAAUAAAACAGUUCGUUUGUAUACCAAAGCUAAUUCACUAAUAAAAGACAUAUGGGCAUGCUAUAAGAAAAAGAAUAUGUUUCAUCUAAACGAAGAAAAAAUGAUGUCUACAAUAUUUAUUGACUAUCGUAGUCCUAUAGUACUCUUUUAUUUUGGAAUUCUUACGUAUAGUGAUAAGCUUCUGCGGAAAUUCACAAAUAACAACCAACCGCUGAAACAUGGAGACAGGGAAGAACUUGAGAUACGCGCUUGCUCCCUUAUAGCAGUUAAUGAAAUAUUCGAACAGAUCAAAGUGGAAUGGAAUCAAAUAAAUCCAGAAUACGAUCGUUGCAUAUCGAUUAUUAUUGACAAUUUCUUGCUUCUAUAUAUAGCUGAAUAUUUUCAUAAAUAUGUGUAUAUGUAUGAUCAGUAUCCAUUCCAUUAUAUUACAUCUGUACACUAUUAGAAAUAUAAAAAUAUAAUAUAUCUUUACUUGAUAAUUAU